AGGAAUACCCUUUGGAGAGUUCUCCGCCAACCAAAGUCCACAAGCAGCAUGUCCUCGCGCACGGGCCGGCCGCUGCGAGCUGCGUCCAGUACUCAGGGGAUGGAUGGUGGCUUGCCUGUGGCUUAGCCAACCACUCGCUGGUCUUCCGUGCUGAUCUCACUGGGACACCUGCUGUUUUUUCAGGGCAGAGAUGUGUUUUCCAAGUACGUAAUAGACACUUCUAUAUUGUCGUCUUCGGGCCCGAACUCCAGCUCCUCAAGUACCACGUCGACACGUGCAAGGAUGAGAUCCAAAGAUAUAAACAGAAGAGUAGGUGCAAAUGUGUCUUCAGGCUUCCCACGACUGGUAUGACAGAGAUUACCAGUUUAUCAGCUGUAAACGACUUCUAUUCCUAUCUUGUGCUCACAGCUGGCCGGAACAGGACUCUGGAAGUUUUUGACCUCAAUGCAGGUCGCAGCGCAGCCACAAUCGUAGAAGCCCAUUCACGGCCUGUCCACCAAAUCUGCCAGAAUAAAGGAUCAUCAUUCACGACCCAACAGCACCAGCUUUAUAACCUUUUCGCCACCACAGCCACUGGGGAUGGCAGAAAGCCGUGGGACUUGGGAACCCUGAGAUGCGAGCGCUGUUUUGAAGGACAUCCAAACCACGGAUACCCAUGUGGGACUGCUUUCAGCCCUUGUGGACGCUACGCGGCUUCUGGCGCGGAGGACAGACAUGUCUUUGUGUGGACACUGCGUUUCUCUUGGGCUGACAUGGAGAAGCGAGGCUGUGGGUCUGUGGGCUGGCAUGGGCUUAGCUUCACCGGAAACUGCCAGCAGGGGUCCAUGCUGGCUAUACCACUGGCCAGUGUGGCAUCGAGUCUUUGGCACCCACACACGUGCACAGAUGACAGUGAUGGGAGCACGCCGAGUGGGGCGCGGCUCCGGUAAGGGCAGCCACCGCGUGCCGGCGAGUAGCUCGGACUGUGACGUGAGCAGCUGUGUGCCCUGGUGUCCUCGUCUGCGGAGCAGGGACGGUGAUAGCUGUGUCUUCAGAGGUGGACAGGAUGACACGUCCGUGUGCGGUGAGCCUGUGCCGUCCUCGUUAACCUCCCUGUGUGAUGAUCAGACAUGACAGGUGCCAGAGAGCUGUGGCCCUUGUGGGUCCCCUUGGUCGCUAAGCCGAACGGCAGAUGCAAGGAGGGUCCUGAGUCCCAGGAAGCCCUCCAGCGCUAUUCACGAGAGCGUUCCACGUGAACGUGUCCUGCAGGGAGAUCGGUGGAGCGGUGAGGCUGGUGCUGAGUCGUCGCCGGAAGGGCAGUGAGUCCGAAGAGGCCCCGAGUCCUCUGUUGACAGUCGAGGUCAUAGGCGGCCUCACAGAACAACACACAAGCUUAGAGUCAGAAAAACCUGGUUAGAACGUCGGUGUUGACGCCCGAAGUCCAUACCGGUCACGUACCCUCCGUGUGUCCUGCUUCCCCGGCGUGAACAUGAGGGUACCUGGUGUUCGUCUGUGACAUGAGCUGUAGGCGGCGAUGAACCGCACAGUGUGACCGUUGCUGGGCCCGGGGCAGCAACAGUGGUCCACUUUGGGAACUGUUAGGAGCUGCUUUUCAAACAAGCACAUCUGGAUCAGAAGAAAAAAUCCAUACUUUUGAUCUCUCCACUCCAAGGUACAUAUGACACCUACUUGUAGACUUUAUUUCAGGAACCACCGUUUACCAAUGGCAGGAUCAUCUGAAGUUCUAAAUUUGAAGGGCUCAUUUGUACAUUAAAGUAGGUUUUUUGUGGAAAAGGAAUCCCCUAGAUGUCUUGCUUCUGCUGCGAUGUGGCAUUUCCCUUUAUUACCAGUAAAGUCUAGAAAUACUUGUUUGCACAUUUUGUUACUUAAAAAUGUGAAUGGAUCUCGCAUCAGCAUGGUAUCCAAGCCCAGAUUUCUGUCCCUAAAAUGAAGUGUCUGAUGGCGUCUGUGUGUGUAUUUACACACAUACACAUCUUCUCAUCUGGUCAUACAAUUAGAGAGGAAUGUAAGUUCUUCCCAACAGCCAUAGAAGAAGUUCAAAAUACCUGAAUUCCAGGCUAAUUAGUAGGAAGCAGAGCGCAGGCGGUUUGUCUCAAGUUGAUGGGACAGGACAGUAAAAGCCCUCUUUUCACCCAGUUUGGGACGUGCAGGUCAGGGGGGACUGCGGAGCCGGUGAAGACCCGACCAGGCGAGGGGGAGACGCAGGCGUCGUCGGCGGCCGCGGGAGCCCUGCGUGCGCGCGUUUCAGCAGGCGGUCCCGCGUGUUUGCCGCGCGGGCGUGCGUGUACGACGGGGCUCGGGCGCGCUGUCUCCCAGGCGGGCUGGACGCACGGGCUUCAGCCCGUCAGCCCCCGUC